AGGCGGUCGCUGCCUGAUAGGAAUAAUGGCCGCCUUCGUAGCAAUGGCUGGAGAGGGGAACAACACAAGAGGCAUAUCGGAGCGUUUCAGCUGACCAGGAAGAGCCUAAAUUACCGGGCACCCCCCUCCUACCCGGUUUACCGGAACGAACGGGUACAGGGGGUCUUGCCAAAGGACACAAGAAACGAAAGAGACUCGGGAGAGUGAGGAGAGCUAACGCUACUUCCAUAGCUAACGCUAGCUGGCCAUCAACACGGUUGUCACUGCCGGGGAGAACAAGCCCGAGUAGCCCUGACAACUGCGUGUCGUUACGGGGGGGGGGGGGGGGGGGGGUGUUGAGAGACCAAACGCUGCGGCGUGUGAUCAACCGGCGUGCGGGUAGCGAACAUGAGCGGACCGGUGCAGGACAGCGAGCCCGAAGCGAAAGUCCUCCUCAUCAAGCGGCUUUACAGGGCCGUGGUGGAGUCGGUGCACAAGCUGGACGUCAUCAUCGGCGGAAAGGCGUCCUACAGAGAGGUCUUCAAGCCGGAGAACAUCAGCCUUCGCAACAAGUUGAGGGAGCUCUGUGUUAAGCUGAUGUUCCUCCACCCUGUCGACUACGGCCGUAAGGCUGAGGAGCUGCUCUGGAGGAAGGUUUACUAUGAGGUGAUCCAGGUUAUCAAGACCAACAAGAAGCACAUCCACAGUCGCAGCGCUCUGGAAUGCGCCUACCGCACACACCUGAUCGCCGGCGUCGGUUUCUACCAGCACCUGCUGCUGUACAUCCAGUCCCAUUACCAGCUGGAGCUGCAGGACUGCAUCGACUGGACCCACGUCACAGACCCGCUGAUAGGCCGAAAGAAACCUGUGUCAGCCACCCCAAAGGAGAUGGAGUGGGCACAGAUGGCCUGUCAUCGCUGUCUGGUCUACCUCGGAGAUCUAGCCCGUUAUCAGAAUGAACUUGCUGGAGUGGAGGCCGAGCAGCUGGCGGAACGGUUUUACCAUCAGGCGCUUUCUGUCAUGCCGCACGUGGGAAUGCCGUUUAACCAACUGGGCACGCUGGCCGGGAGCAAGUUCUACAAUGUUGAAGCAACCUACUACUACCUUCGCUGCAUCCAAUCAGACGCCCCCUUUGAGGGCGCCUAUGGCAACCUGAAGCGGCUGUUUGACAAAGCUGCCAAGAUGUACCACCAGGUGAAGAAGCAGGAAAUGAAGAAGCUGUCUCCUUCUCGACAAAGAUUAAAAGACAUCAAGCACCUCCUGGUGAGCUUCAUGUACCUUCAGAGCCUGCUGCAGCCCAAGAACAGUCUAAUGGAGACGGAGCUGACGUCACUUUGCCAGUCGGUGCUGGAGGAUUUCAACCUGGUGCUUUUCUACCUGCCGCCGCCGACGCCUGGCGGCGCUCACCACCCCCCCAGCGAGGAAGAGGAGGAGCAGCAGCAGCAGCAUGCCGACAGCUCCUGCCCCGUGCUGCCGGACACCCUGGUCUUCAAGAUGGUGGUCACUUGUCUGAUGGUGGUGCACAGCCUGAAGAAGGGAGGAUCAAAGCAGUACAGUGCGUCCAUCGCUUUCACGCUGGCGCUGUUCUCCCAUCUGGUGAACCACGUCAACAUUCGACUGCAGGCUGAACUGGAGGAAGCGGAGAGCCAGGUGCCUCCACUUCCCACUGACGCCACAGAUGACCUGGAGGCGAGGGACUCAUCGGCUCCAGCGACGGAUCGCUCCGUUGAGAAGCCUCUGCAGAACGGCUCCCUGGAGCAGGAGGACGAGGAGGACGAGGAGAAGGAUGAAGAUGCCAGGGUCGGCGCCAAAAAGCAGUGCAGUGCGGAAGAGCAGCGCCAGUUGGAGGAAGAGAAACAGAGACAGAAGAAGAAGUACACCCGUCUCUCUCGACUCCGCCGGCGCCGCUGUGCGCGCAAGGACACUCGAGGAGAGGCCGAAAGCGACCUGAGCGAGGGCUUCGAGAGCGAAGAGGACGAAGAGGACGUUGACGAGCGGAGGGGCCACGCGGACUCGACAGGCGCCGCCACGACGGGAACCCCGGUCAAUCCACCAGCCGUCAGGAAGGAGACCAAGCGGGACCCCCUUGGGGAGGAGGGCAGCUGGGGGAGUGGCUCCGAGGAGGAGGAGGAGGAAGGGGGGACGGCGUUCGACGUGGAGACCGACUCGGACAUGAACAGCCAGGAGUCUCGCUCGGACCUGGAGGACAUAGAGGACGCGGAAAACUCUGACAACUUGGAGGGUCAUGCGCGGGAGCACCAAGACGAAGAGGAAGAUGAGGACCAGCCCAAGGAAGAUGGAGGCGACGGGGACGGCGACACGCCGCCGACCAUGAACGGGCCCCUCCUGCCCAGCGACUCCAGCAUCAGCAGAAACCUGCAGGCCAUGUCCUCGCAGCUCUUCCAGGCUAAGCGCUGCUUCCGCCUGGCGCCCACCUUCAGCAACAUGUUGUUGAGGCCCCAAGCCUCGUCGUCUUCGGGUGUUCCCCCCGCUACCGAGGCCUCUGCUCCCCCAUCACAAGAGACACCCCCUCCUCCUGGGGAACCGCCAUGCGAUACGAACCCUGCCGCUGCCAACGGAACCAAUGAAAAUGACUUGGACUCUGAUUCGGAAGGCAGCCAACACAGUACGCAAUCAGUACAUAGUGAGAAAACCCUCCUGGAGAAGCUGGAGAUCCUGACCAAUCAGGGGUUGAUCCAGGUGGUGAAAGUCUUUGUUGAUUGGCUAAGGACGAACACCGACAUCAUCCUCAUGUGUGCACAGAGUUCUCAAAGCCUGUGGAACCGACUGUCUGUGUUGCUCAACCUGCUUCCAGAUGGCAGCAAGAUGCUCGAGGCCGAGCUCGGUCUGAACGCCGCGGUGACGGAGCUGUUAAACGAGUGCGAGCAGCCCGGGUUGGUCCAGAGUCUGCUGCUGCCGGAGGAUCUGGCUCUGCGACACCUGCCCGCGCUCACCGGCGCUCACCGGCGCCUCGACUUUACUCGCCGCAACCCGUCCCUCAGCUCCCUGCAGGAGUGUGCCGUGCGAGUGUGUUGCAUUCGCAGUUUUGGCCACUUCCUGACGAGUCUCCAGGGCAACGUGCUGCACUUCAACCCGGAGGCGGGCAUCUUCACCAGCAUCAGCCAAUCCGAGCAGGACAAUCUGGUGCAGCAGGCCAAGGCCCAGUUCCGAAUGGCUGAAGAGGAGGCGCGUCGGAAUCGCCUGAUGAGGGACAUGGCCCAGCUUCGACUCCAGUUGGAGGUGUCGCAGCUAGAGGGCAGCCUUCAGCAGCCCAAGGCCCAGUCGUCCAUGUCCCCCUACCUGGUGCCAGACACAGCUGCUCUCUGCCAGCAUCUCAACCUCAUCCGGCAGCUGGCCGGCAGCGGCUGCUUCAUCAUCAUCAUCCCGCGGACAGUGAUUGAUGGACUUGACAGGUUGAAGAAGGAAAACGCCGGCGCGAGGGACGGCAUCCGCUUCCUGGAGUCUGAGUUUCGCAAAGGCAACAGGUACAUUCGCUGCCAGAAGGAGUCCGGUCGGAGUUUUGAAAGAGAUAAACUGAAACGUCAGGACAUGGAAGCCUGGCAUCUGUACAAGAUGGUGGACAGCUGUCGCCAGCUCACGGUCUCCCAGAGCAACGGAGAUGAGGACACGGCCGGCAUGGUGACCAUUCUGACCGACCAUCAAGUGGAGGAGCUUUGCACUCGGUCGGCCGCAAUGAAGUCCGCGGUCCAGGCGGCGGGCUCGGCGGGCAUGGAGCUGAAGAACAUCGUGGAGUUCUACCGGCAGUGGAAGGAGAUUGGCUGAGAGGUCAAACGGGGGGCAGCUGUCGGCACUGCGAACAGCUGAUCGAUCACAACGCUCUCUCUCUCUCUCUCUCUCUCUCUCUCCCACACUCUUUUGCUCUGUGUAUCUGCGUCUUGAAAGGCAAAAAACCAACUCAAAAGAAAGCUGAAUAGAAGGAAAGAGUAAAAAAAAAAAAAGCUUAGAGGAGUGGAAAAGUUAAAACAGUGGAGUUAAAAAAACAAAAACAAAUGGAAGUUGGUAAGAAAAUAAACCAGAGAAAUGCGAGUGAAAAGGCGCUAUAAGAAAGAGCCGAUCUCCCACCUCCCAAUCCUAAACAUAAAGAGUGACCCCUAGUGGUCGGAGCGCGGGACACGGUGGGGGAACGCUACUCAACUUUAAAGUGCCCCUGGUUCACACCCUAACCAGGAAUACACUGUAUAUGUUAGCAAACGAGUACAUGGUGCCGAGAGAGAACCCGCACACACAUUAACACAUUCACGCUCGGAUGAAUCCAUGUAGAUGUUUAGGGCAGCGGCUCCUUCCCUUUCCCUUCAGUCUGCACUACGGAAAAGAGGGUAAAGAAUGUGCCGGUCUGGUGGCGAGUCGAGGCUGCGUGAAGACACCUUUUUGAAGACGGAGGAACGCUCUGUCCACCUGAGGCCGCGACGCCAACCAGGCGUCGCUCACGGGCCUCGAGGGAAGGUCGAACGUGCACUUCUCUGGGAUCGGUCUCUUUCCUACGUGGCUCUUUGUUUUUCCUCAUUUGCGGUGUACUUUUGUGACCAGUGACGUGUAUUGUGCUAUUCUGUAUGAGAAGAAGAAGAAAAGACAAAAUGGGAGUCAUCCUGUUUAAAAGGUUUUAAUUUGGAUUUUUAUUUUUGUACCCAAAUGAUGUUGUUAAUUUUGCUUUUUGUAAGCUACAUUUUGAAUGAGAUGUCCGAGAAUGUUUGAGGGGAAGGGGGGGGGGGGCGUUGAUCCACUGAGCAAAUCCUUCAGUUCUGAAAAAUGAAUAAACGACUUAUAAUCCAGAAUUUAUUCACCAAGGUGUCACGUUAGAGGGAGCUAGAAGCGUGUUAGCCCCGUGUCGUUAGCAUGGAAGAGGGGCCGGCUGACUCUCCCCAGAGGACCGCGGGUUGUGUUUGGACCCCUGUAAACUACUAAAAUGUGUCCCAUCUACAUCACCAUUUCCAUAGUGACUGUCCCAUCAUGCACAGUGCAAAAGAAAGCCAGUAUAUGUGUGUGGCCAUGCAUUGAACAAUAAACAGAUAAAAAGAAACUCGUAUAAAAUGA